AGCAGUAAUGGAGGCCGUGGAGCUUCCCCAAUGUUGCGGGGAGUUGAUGAGGAAGCGGUUCACCAGUGCCCUGGAUUGCUGAGCUCUCGCCGACUGCGUCUCCCUCUAGCGCCAGCGGGGUCAUGCUGGCUUCGCGGAUGGCGCGCGCCUCUUGGGGGGCCCUGCGCGUCGCCGCGUGGGCACCGGGAGCGCGGCCGGGAAAGGGGCGCGCCCGCGGGGCUCUGCUCCUGCCCGCGCCCUGCUGCCUCGGUUUCCUGGCUGAGCGCUGGUGGCUACGCCCGGCCGCGCUCGGCUUGCGGCUGCUUGGGGCUAGCCCGCGAGCCCACUGCUCGGGCGCGGAGAAGGCAGCCCCCGGGCCCGCGACCGGACAGGAAGCUGCUGUUGAGGCCCGACGCGGCCAGUGGGGCCCGACGAGCGCCUCCAACCUGUAUGAAAACCCAUGGACAAUCCCAAAUAUGUUGUCAAUGACGAGAAUUGGCUUGGCCCCAGUUUUGGGCUAUUUGAUUAUUGAAGAAGAUUUUAAUAUUGCAUUAGGAGUUUUUGCUUUAGCUGGGCUAACUGACUUGUUCCACUUACUUAUAUGAUAAUUUCAAGAGAUGUAAUGUUGAUUGCUGCUGUUUUUUAUGUCAGAUAUCGAACUCUUCCAACACCGCGAACACUUUCUAAGUAUUUCAAU